GAAGCCCUCCUCUAUUUUUUUAUAAAAUUAAUUUGUCAAAAGUCUUCACUUAUUAGCGUCAUUUACCUCAUUUUGCAAGCCUGCCCUUUUUUCAACCAAACAAACAAAAUUUAUUCAAGCGAAAAUUUAAAGUAAAAAAUAUGAUGCCCCCCGUCUCCUCAGAAAUUUACGAGCCAUGAAAAUACGCGUUCUUCUUCCACCCACCUAAAUAUAUUUUUUUGUUGUUUUUAAAGAUUGAUUAUUUUUGUUUUUAAAAGUAUUUUUAGCUGCUUAUUUUUUAAAUUUUUAGAAAAAUGAAUAAAUUAAAUCAACAAAAUUCGUGUUCUCCCUUACAUUAUUUAUUCGAAAAUAUAACUGAAUAUGUUUUGGAAAAGUUGGGUGAACGUUGUGCUGUUUCCUCAAUAAUUGUUCCAACAGCAAUAAUUUAUGGCCUAAUUUUGUUAAUUGGUUUAUUUGGAAAUAUUUGCACUUGCCUAGUUAUUUUAAAAAACAAAUCUAUGCAAAACCCAACAAAUUAUUAUUUAUUUUCUUUGGCUGUUUCUGAUUUACUUAUUUUAACUCUUGGCCUUCCAAUGGAACUUUAUGGAGUUUUUGAUGUUUUAUAUCCAUACAAAUUUGGAGAAUUUGUUUGUAAAGGGAGAGCUUUUUUGAUUGAAUUUACUUCUUAUGCUUCUAUUUUAACGAUUACUUGUUUUUCUGUUGAACGCUGGUUGGCUAUUUGUUUUCCUCUUCGAAUAAAACUCUUUUCUACUCUUGAUCGGGCAAUUCGUGUAAUUAUUGCUGUUUGGAUAUGUGCUUUUAUUGCUGCCCUUCCUGUUUUGGAUAUUGUUGUGGUUAAUAAAUUACCUCUUCCAGAUUGGACUAUUGGGCAGAAAUGGUUGUUACCUCUAAUUUCUGAUGAUAAUUCUACUCUUAGAAAUACUGAUACUUGUGCUUUAGACUUUCACAGACCUAUAGCUCAACGCAAUUUUAUUUUGACAGCAUUUUUUCUUUUCUUCCUACUUCCAGCAUUAUUAAUUACACUUGUUUAUUGCCACAUUUUACAAUGUUUAUGUUCAUCAGUUCGUUCUUCAAAAGCAAUUUUUGGCGGUGAAAGAGCUCAAAAAAUGCGGUCAAGAAAAAGUUUACUUAAAAUAUUAGGUUUGAUUAUUUUAAUUUUUGCAAGGAAGGGGAAAGAAGUCUAACCGGCUAGCAUUUAAAAUGCUUACUAGGUGGGGCUCUACAUAAGUCGGUAGAGCAGGCAUGGAUCGGGUUGAGAAAAAUCUGGGCAAUUUCGGUCUGGUCGGUUUUGGGUCUAAAAAAGUCCGGGUUUCAAAUUUCUAAGUCUUGGGUAAUCCGCCAAUCCCUGUCGGUAGAGCGCCCAGCAAUA